ACAAAAGGCUUUGACGUUGUCAGUUUAUAUUUUUUAUAAAAAAUUGUUAUGCAAGGUGAGCCAAUAACGAUUCCGAUCAGAAGGAAGUCCACCUCCUUGGGAAACAUAAGGGAGGCAAAUGUGCGCAAGUUUUUGAACGGCGCAAUUUACAUCGAAUCGGAAACCAAAAUUCCCAAGAGUAGGAAAUCGGACAUGAGAGUGAGCAAAGAUGACGGUAGCACGACGUUCUCGAAGAUGGUAGCGAAGAGGAUCGAAACGAACAUCCGCGAGAGGCAGUGCAUGGAUCAGGAGUUGAGGUUGCAAGAAGCUCGGAGAUGUUACGACGAGUGGUUGCAAAAGAAGGCGGCUCUAAAGGCGGAGCAGGCUCGUCUGAAGCUCGAAGCCGAAAGGGAAAGUGAGAAGCAGCGCGAAACCGAUACCCAUCUACGUCUGCUCGAGAAUGAUCUCAAGUACAAGCUGUGGCUCAAAAAGAAAGAGCUGAAAGAGCUGGAAAGCCAGUGGAAACAACUUAAGGAUCUUUUAGAGAAAAGUUAGGCUUACAUUCCCUUCCGCAAUGGUCGAAGUUUAGUGCGUAAACUCUUGAAGUCGGGCCUUUCGUCGGGAUUCUCACUCCAGCACUCUCGUAGGCA